AUAAUAGAGUAAAGGGAUGUUAUAAGCUAAGUUUAUUAGCGAUAUAUAUACAAAUUAAAUAUUAUGUUCUAAUAAGGAAGGUGUUCAUGCUAUAAAUAUAUACACUAGGGUUAGGGUUUUGCCACAACAUUAGCAGACUAUAGCUCUGCCUCUUUUUGUUUAUAUUUCUUCUCAGGGGAUAUAGCGACGCCAAAACGAUGAAGCGAGUAGUACUGAAAAGGGUGGAUCCACCAAGGCCCGUUACGACUGUGAGAUAUGUAGAGUGCCAAAAGAAUCAUGCGGCGGCUGCCGGAGGCCAUAUUGUCGAUGGGUGCAGGGAGUUCAUCCCCAGUGGAGCUGAAGGAACCGGUGCAGCCUUUACUUGUGCUGCUUGUGGUUGCCAUAGGAAUUUCCAUAGAAGGGUUGAAAGUUAAGCUUGUUGGCCACUGUUCUUCGCCUCCAUCUUCUAAUGGAGCAUAAAAAUAAUAUAUUUAUAUUUCAAACCUCUUUCGUUACCUAUAUUUUGUGUUAUAUAUGUUUCUUGGAGGAAGGGUUUUUUUUCUUUUUUGAUCUUAGCUUCUUUAUCUAUCUCAUAAAGAGGUCAAAAAUUAAAGAAAUUGUGCUAUGUUCUUGAUGAA